UCCUACUUGCAACCAACGGUUCCCAAAUAAUUACUCCUUCCUACUGUACUGCUCAUUUCCCCUCCUUACCCGCCCACUGGCACUGGGUGGCGCUUUCAUUCUCACUCCUUCCUUUCGCAGAGUGCAGAUCCACCUACUCAUUCAUUCAGCUCUUUCUCUCUCUCUCCAUGCAUUCGAUUCAAAAACGGUAACGCAAUUCUUUACGAUCAACAGUUCUUGUCUUCAGAUCUAUACACAUUCUCGUAUAGAUCACACCCACCCACCCACCCACCAUACCUUCACAAAAAGAUGGAUUCAAAGCCUUCCUCAUCAUCUGGAAGGUACGAAAACAGCAAUAAAAAACCAUAUUUGUCGAAAUCAGUAUCUGAUGCUAAUACCCACAACCAAAGCUUAGCAUCAAUUCUUAACAACCCACACGCUGGAAAAUCAGAUGGAUGGUGGUGGCCAUCAAAUUCCUCAUCCCUUCCCGUCGUUCCUGAAUUCACCCCACUAAACCCACUUCCAAAACCCGGAUCUGAUAUAACCAGAACCGAUUUUCUCCCUUACAUAACAUCCUUUUCCGACCCUUUUACCCGUUUUCACGAUAUCCAAAAGCACAGUAAAUUCAGCCUCCUCGACGAUCAAAAUGGUGAAAAUGCCCUUGUCGCAUGUCUUCGCGAAGUGCCCGCUUUGUACUUCAAAGAAGAUUUUCAGUUAAAGGAUGGUGCCACGUUUAAAGCUGCUUGUCCAUUUAGGACUACGGCUGAGAAUUCGGUUAUGCAAGAAAAGUUGUCACAGUAUUUGGAUGUAGUGGAACUGCACUUAGUGAGGGAGAUUUCGUUGCGUUCACGCUCGUUUUUUGAGGCGCAAGGGAAACUGGAGGAUCUGAAUUCAAAGAUAGUUGAAGGGUGUAAGAGGAUCAGGGAACUGAAAGAGACAAUAAGGCUACUGGAUAAUAAUUUGGUGGGGCCUGCAAGAAAGUUGGAGGAGUUGAAUGUAAAGAGGAAUGAUUUGGUUGCUCUUCAGAACAAGCUGAACCUCCUUAUAUACGUUAAUCAAGCUUUAUCAACUCUCAAUUUGCUAGUUGCAUCUGCAGAUUGUGCUGGAGCUUUAGAUGUUACAGAUGACUUGCAACAUUUAUUGGAUGGAGAUGAAUUGGCAGGUCUACAUUGCUUUCGACACCUUCGUGAUGAUUUAGCUGCUUCAAUCGAUUCUAUCAACAGCAUUCUUUCAGCAGAAUUUUUGCGUAUAACCAUACAAGAAACUGGCAACAUGGAUGCGGCAAUUACAUCAAAAUUUAAAGCACGGGCGACCGUUGCAAUUAAUGGAGAAGGCCAUGAAGUUAAAUUGGAUGAAGAAGAAACCUCAAAUUUUCGUGACCGGCUUCUUCCAUUUGUUAUUGGAUUACUUAGAACUGCAAAACUCCCUGCUGUGUUGAGAAUAUAUCGUGACACUCUUACAGCUGACAUGAAAACUGCCAUUAAAACAGCAGUUGAAGAGCUGCUUCGUGUUCUUGUUGCCCAACCUUCAGAUUCAGAUUUUGUUGCAGGAGAGCGAGUAGUUGAUACAGAUGGUGGGAGCUCAUCUCUUGCCAGUAGAUUGAGAAGCCUGGCACCAGAAAGUUUUGUUCAACUUUUGAAGGCUAUUUUUAUGAUAGUGCAGGCGCACUUAGUCCAGGCUUCUGAAGUUAAAAAAACAAUUGAGUGGAUUAUCUGCCAUCUUGAUGAUCAUUAUGCUGCGGACUCAGUAGCUGCUGCAAUAGCACUUGGGGCAGCAGCUGCAGAAACUGCUAGUGAAGGUGACGGUCAAACCUUUUCACAAUUUUCUCCCUCAAGCAACUUUUCCAGGGUUUUCUCAAUCCAGGAGAAGAGAAAUGAUGCAACAACCAUGUCAAAUUUAUCGAGAAACUUCAGAGCUGAUAUAUUGAGAGAGAAUACAGAAGCUGUAUUUGCAGCUUGUGAUGCUGCACAUGGAAGAUGGGCAAAGAUCCUUGGAGUCCGUGCUCCUAUUCACUCUAAGUUGAGGUUGCAGGAGUUCCUAAACAUAUAUAACAUCACUCAGGAAUUUAUUACUGCCACUGAGAAAAUUGGUGGAAGGCUGGGGUAUAGUAUCCGUGGAACCAUACAAUCACAGGCCAAGGCCUUUAUUGAUUUCCAACAUGAAUCUCGAAUGGCAAAAUUGAAGGCUAUACUUGACCAGGAAAAUUGGGCUGAGAUUGAUUUCCCCGACGAGUUCCAGACUAUCGUCACAUCACUAUUUUCUUCCAAGUCAGGGACCAGUGGACAUGCUGAUGAUGAUUCUGCUGACACUGCAACAAGCAAGACUGAAGUGGUUCGAAAAAGCAGUGAUCCUUCAAUGGUGGAUGCUGGAGUCCCAAAUCUAUCACAUAAUACAGAGCAGACUGAUGCUACUUCAACACAUCCAGAUAAUACAGCACAGAGUAAUGACACGAAAUCAAGAGAACGCGGAAGAUCAUCUCCCAGAAUGCUUUCCUUUGGGGGUGUUGCGUAUCACAUGGUAAACUGUGGCUUGAUUUUGGUGAAGAUGUUAUCAGAAUAUAUUGACAUAAAUAAUAGUUUAACUGGCCUAUCAUCAGAAAUAGUUCACCGGGUUGUUGACAUGUUGAAGUUUUUCAAUACGAGAACUUGUCAACUUGUACUUGGAGCUGGAGCCAUGCAGGUUUUCAUAAUCUUGGUAUAUGACUUGGAUACGGGUUUUGAUCCAGGAGUUUCCCCACCAUUAAUAAAACCAUUUAUUUUAUCGUCACAAUAGUAUAUUGAUUAGUUGAUUUUCUUUUUAUAAGAUAUUUUAGGAAUUAAAUGACUUGGAGGCCAAGUUUUUUUUUUUUUUUGAAUAGGUAACACUUGUUUUAUAAACCAGCACUUGGGUAGUGCUAAACCCUUUUACAGCAGAUAAAGAGCAUAGCAAUAAAACAAAGAACUCCUUAUCCUAGCAUGACUCUAACACUAAUAUCUUCUGCAUCUGUAGGAUAGUUCUUUGUACACCAAAAACACGAAAGCAAAAUAGAAUCUGUUUUAAUUUUCUGUACUGUUCUACUCCUGUCUUGGAAACACCUAGCAUUCCACUCCUUCCAGAUGGUCCACCUUAUACAGGCUGGGAUGGUUCUUCAGUAGCUCUUGUUUUUAGCUCCCUUCCCAGCUUCUUCCCAACUAGAUAGAGUGUCAACAAUCUUGCUAGGCAUUGUCCAUUGUAUGCCUCUGAGAUUGAUGAAAAUCUUCCAUAGCUGCUCAGUGAUUCUGCAAUGCAGGAACAAGUGUCCCAUUGUCUCAGCUGCCUCUCCACUUAAACAACAGUGUGUGACUAAGAUAAUGUUCCUCUUCCUAAGGUUUUCAUGUGUCAAAACAGCUUCUUUUGCUAACAACCAUGAGAAACAUGCCACCUUCAAAGGUGUUUUGGCUCUCCAUAUUUGUUUCCAUGGCCAUAAAGAAUUCUGUGCUCACUGUCAAGUUCAAAAUUUGUACCCUGAACUUACUUUGUAUGCCCCUUUGUUGUGACCAUUCCACCAUAGUCUGUCCAUCCCAUUCUUUAAACCUUGGAAAGCUUCAUGAAUUUUGAAGAACUCAAUCAGUCUUGGAAUCUACCAAUCAUUCAAGCUUCUUCUGAAAUUUAAUUCCCAGCCUUGGGGAGACCACAUAUCAGCUACUGUUCUGUCCUAAUGAGUAGCUAAAUCAAAUAUAUCAGGGAACUUCUCUGCAAGACUCCAAUUACCUAGCCACCUUUCUUUCCAAAAGACAGUUUUAUUACCAUCAUAGACACUAAUGGUGGUGUGGCUAAGUAAGAUGGGCCACCAGUUUCUGAUAGAUCUCCAAACAGUAACACCAUAAGGAUUGUUUGCUGCUUUAGUCAUCCACCCAUCCAAUUCUCCAUACUUUAUUCUGAUCACAUUUCUCCAUAGAGAGUGUGACUCAUGGGCAUAUCUCCACAACCACUUCAUUUUCAAAGCUUUACUUUGGUUCUUCAGGUUUUUAAUACCAAGACCUCCCUGUUUCUUGCUUGAUAUGAACACUUUCCACUUGACUUAAGUGAUUACCUUUCCUGGUUUUAUUUCCUUGACAAAAAAAGGAUCUCCUGAUCUUGUCUUGUCUAGCCUCUGUAUUACCCCUGCCGGGAUGGGGAAAAGAGUAAGCAUGUAGGUUGGGAGAGCAUCUAAUACAACAUUGAUCAAAUCCCUCCCCCCCCCCCCCCCAAUAGAUGGGCUUUCCAUCUUGAUAAAAUCCUUUCUCAUCUUUCCAUAACAUUGUCCCAAAUUUCUUUAGACCUUGAUUUGGCCCCCAAUGGCAUCCCUAGAUAUAUAGAGGGUUGGGUUCCAACUUCUCCCAGAAUUGAAGCCAAGAGAUUUAUGUUUCGGACAGUGUAAAUGGGGUAGAUGUGGCUCUUCUCCCAAUUAAUGUGCAAACCUGAGAUGCCUUCAAAGAGUACUAGGAUUACUCUUAAGUAUUUUAAUUGCUCGUCUUCUGCACCACAGAAAAUCAAGGUAUCAUCUGCAUAUUGUAGAUAUGUCACCUCCAGUCUUUCUCCACUGUUUUUAGCCACUUCAAAACCUGAUAACCAGCCAUUGACCGUUACUGUCUUAAUCAUAUUGUUCAGCCCUUCCAUGUCUAGGAUGAACAGAAAAGGGGACCAAGGUUCCCUUGUCUUAUUCCCCUUUGUGCUGCAAAAAAACCUUCAGAUGCUCCAUUAAUCACUACUGAGAACUAUACAGUUGAGAUGCAGAAUCUGAUCCACUUCUCCCAAAGCCCAUUUUCCUGAGAAUGUUGAGAAGAAAUCCCCAAUUCACAUAAUCAUAAGCCUUUCCUAUAUCCUAUUUGCAUAGGAUUCCAGGCAUCUUUUGUGAUAAUCUUGAAUCUACUGCUUCAUUAGCUAUCAAUACUGCAUUCAUAAUUUGUCUACCUUGAAUGAAAGCCGUUUGCUGGGAAUCUACCAACUUAUCCAUUACUCCUUUGAUCCUUUCAGUCAAUACUUUAGAAAAAAGUUUAUAGAAGCUGCCUAUCAAGCUAAUUGGUCUAAAGUCUUUCAACUCCUUGGCCCCUUUUUUCUUGAGAAUCAGGGCAAUAUAUGUUGCAUUGAAGCUCUUUUCAAAUAUCUCAUGUUCAUAGAUGUGAAAGGCAUUUAUAAUGUCAUGUUUUAGACCCUCCCAACAUUUGAUGAAAAAGCCCAUUGUGUAUCCAUCAAGUCUAGGGGCUGUGUCUAUAGCACACUUCUUCAGGCAACUGUGCACCACCUCCUCAAAUUUUGCUUCUAAUUAUGCUUUUUCUGCUUUUGAACUUGUAGGACAGUUUAUCAUGUUUCCUACUGGUCUCCAUCUUUCUGUUUCUGUGUACAACUUCUUAUAAAACUGUAUGAUCUCCUCCUUUACUCUGUCUGGUUCCUUCACUAUCUCUCCUUGGUACUUCCAGUUGGUCAAUACAGUUGCUUCUUUUAUGGGCAUUAGCUGAAUUGUGAAAGAACUUGGUGUUGUUGUCACCUUCUUUUAGCUACAAAAUUAUGGAUCUUUGCCUCCAUGCUGUCUCUUCAUUCUUGAGUAGCUCUUCAUACUCCAGGAGGGUUGUUGACUUCAAUGCAGCCUCUUCCUCUGUUAGGGCUCUUCUGUCAAUUAUAGAGUCCAGAGUUGCCAUCUUGUUUAACAGAUUGGACCAUUGCAAAGACAGGUUUCCUUUUUCUUCCCUACUCCACUCAUUGAGUUCACCCUUUCAGAGCUUUUAAUCUGCAUGCUAAAAUGUAGUCUGGUUUCCCUGAAUAUGCAAAAGAAUUUCACCAAGACCUGAUUUUGUCUAUAAAUCCGUAUGUGUUUAGCCACCAAUUUUUGAAUUUGAAAUAAGAUUUGUUCAGGUCCCAUGGUCCAAAGUGUAAGGCUAUAGGCACAUGGUCUGAUGUCAGUCCUUGUAGAGCAAUCUGCUUCACUUUGCUGAAUUGUUCAGUCCACUCAGAUGUGAAUAGAAUUUUAUCUAUCCUUG